CAUUCUGCUUCUCUCUCAAAUUGUUGACCAUGAAGAAAUCUCUCGGUCGCCGGAAAAUUGAAAUAAAGAAGCUUGAGAAGAAGAGUACCCAGCAAGUUACCUUCUCUAAACGCCGCGCCGGACUCUUCAACAAGGCGGCGGAGCUUUCCGUUCUGUGCGGUGCUGAGAUCGCGAUCCUCGUCGCCUCUUCCCGCAACAAGCUCUAUACAUUCGGUCAUCCCAAUGUUGAGUCGCUCUUGGAUCGUUUUCUCACCGGAAAUUCUGCUCCGCCUAAGCCGGCAGAGGCCUACCUCCCUUUGGACGAGUUGAACCGCGAUUUUGACGAUGUGGCCGCAGAGUACGACAUCGAGAAGAGGCGCACGGCAGAGCGGUUGAGUAACGAUCGAUUUUGGUGGGAUGAGCCGCUGGAAUCUAUGAAAAUCGACGAACUGAAGCGAUUCCGGUCGUCGUUGGUGGAUCUGAGAGGAAAAGUGGCGGAGAGAGUGGAGAAAUUUACGGCUAUGAGAAAAGAAGGAUCUCUGUUACCUGCUCUGCAGCCGUCGACACCUCCAUCGAUCGACCUCGUCGAAAACCUCGAACGGCCGCCGACGCCUCCUCCAUCAAUUGGCCGCUUCGGAAACCUCCAAUGGCCGUCGACGCCUCCAUCGAUUGACCUGGUCGAAAAUCUCCAACGGCCGCCGACAUCUCCAUCAAUUGGCCUCUUCGAAAACCUCCAAUGGCCGUCGACGCCUCCAUCGAUCGACCUCGUCGAAAAUCUCCAACAGCCGCAGACGCCUCCAUCAAUUGGCCUCUUCGAAAAAAUCCAAUGGCCGUCGACGCCUCCAUCGAUUGACUUCGUCGAAAGCCUCCAAUGGUCGCCGAUGCCGUCGAUUCAUCUUGUUGAAAACGACCAAUGUCUGCUAUCGUCGUUUCAGAUCUCUGGAAACCACUCUGUCGCACGCGGACUGAAUAUGCUAGACUAG